UGUGACAAUCAGCGACCAGUAUGCGCCGCAUGCCUUAAGCGAGGCACGGGGUGCACUUUUGAUGGUGUGCCCGCCGAGGCUGAUGAGCUGACCGAGUCCGACGAGUUGCUGGCAUUGCUGACUUCUGCAUUGACCGAAGAGGAGGUAAUGACCUUGCUGUCCGACAUCAAGCACAGAAACAAUUACCCCGAGUCCCUGAAGCAUCUGAAAACACUGCGUGAUGAAAGGCUUCUCGAGGACACCCGCGGCACGGACUUGGCUUUGGCUCCGGACCAAGACAGUCUCGAGUUCGAAUUGAUGACGCGCCAUUCUCUGCUGUUUCCAGCAUCAGUUGCGCUCGACAAAACCCUGCUGUCGCAGAAGGGUUCCUCGUCAUCUCAUAGUGCCGAUGCUGCUCAAGCGGGGCCCCAUCAAGCGUCCAGCAGCACUAUUCUUCCUAGGCCCCAGCCCGUGAACUUGUUUGAUCCUCGACUUCAGAAGGUCGACUUUUCUACCUGGACCGAUGUGACGAUAGAUAGCCUCGACGCGGCUCGGCUUAUCUCCAAAUACCUGGAGGUCGAUCACCCGGUACUCGGCUUGUUUGACCAUGAUUUAUUUCUGGCGGACAUGUUCACUGGACAGAAGCGUUUCUGUACCAGCUUUCUCGUGAAUGCGAUUCUGAGCUGGGGAUCUCUCCAAUAUCUUCCACCCAAGUCCCCCGGAGGGCCAUCCGAGAGCAGCAAGUUCUUUUCGAGGGCCCGUGGCCAAUGGGUCACAGGUUCUAUGGGUGAUUCAUUUCCCGCAGUAGCAGGCCUGCAACUCCUCAGCCUAGCAGCGACUUUCUCCGGUCAAGGGCCAAUUGCGAAGAAGCUGUUAUUUGAUGGCAUCGACAUGGCCAAGCGAUUAGAUUUGCUGAGCAGCGGCGACAAAACUCCGAAGUCAGCUCGAGUUUAUGACACUGAUGAAUUGAAGGCAGCUUCAUCAGCUGCAUGGGGUCUGUUUUGCCAUACCACCCUGCAUGCCUUGCACUGCCAAAAGUGUGAGUUGUGGUCAAUUGGCCCCCCCACGCUACCAAUCCCAGCAUCCAACAACCCGACGACAUUGUAUUAUCUCUGCCAGCUCUGGACCAUUGUUCACGAUGUGUUGCGCGAAUACUUCUCGCCAGAACGUAUCUCAGAGGCCAAUCGUUAUGAUGUCCAAUUCGCCCAGACGACUUUCCGCCGACUCCUCGAUUGGGGAAGCUGCCUGCCGCUCACCCUUGCAAGGGGAAACAAGACUACACACCAAGGUGCUAUACUACACAUUUAUUUCCACGCUGCAAGCAUUACCCUUCUCCGGCCACUGGUUUUGUUCAACGAUGACUCUGCAUUUACUCUGGACUCUGACUCGAAGAGACCCGCCAAGGACUUCCUUCAUGCCUCCUCGAACCAGCUCAAGAGACUUGUUAGCCUGUACCAAGCCAACUUUAGUCAUGCAUCCGAACUCUCGAUUCUCUGGCAUACCGGGUGUCUCUUUGUCGCCAACGCGGUGAUACGAGAUGUGAUUAACCCGACGUCACGGGUGAAUUUUUGGCGCUGUCUGUAUGGCUACAAGAGUCUGUACCCAAAAUCCCCCUUGGUGAAAUCCAUUGCAAAAGGCCUUCUUUUGAUGGCCGUCAUGGGAAACCUCAUCACCAAAGAGGAGGCAUGCCGAGAGAUUGGGGAAUUCCAGUCAGGAAACGACGGUGAACACAGCUAUGCAAUGGAACCGACAGAGGCUUGCUUUGUCGUCGACCUUGAUCUGGGCCUUUCCGAUGCUGUGGGUUCACAUGUGGAUAGCUUGGCUCAGAACUUUGACGACAUGUUCAUGGAUUUCAAUGAAUAA